CUUCCCAAGCAAACUAGUUGCUGAAACAACAAUAUCUGUCACACUAUCCAUAGAUUCCUCUACCUCUCCAAGACGGAUAAGCUGCAAACAAACUAUGGAUUUCAACUAGAGUUACUACUUUUCACCUAUAUUCACUCUCUCUCGGACUCAAUAAAAGCCAUAUCUUCCCUCCUACACUCAUCAAGCCCCUCAAGCACCACUCUUCAUUUGUAAAUCUCCCAACCUAAACACACCCAUCCACGUACGGAGCAAGUACUACAAGGAUGACCAAGCAAGCUCUCUCCCUCCUCUCAAUUCUACUUAUUUUUCUCUUCCAUAGCAUAACAACUUUAGCCCAGCCUGCUGCGGUUCCAUCCCCACCCGUUGUUGCUCCAGCUCAACCAACCACUCCCCCAACUGCACCCGCUAAACCACCAGCCCCAGCCGCCACGCCCCCGACCCAGCCAGCAAAUGCCCCAGUCCAGUCUGCCCAAGUCCCCAUACAAAAAGGUCCUACCGACAUCAUCAAAAUCCUAACAAAGGCCCAUGGCUACUCGGUAUUUAUCCGCCUCUUAAAGAGCACUGGAGUGGCAGGACAACUAUUCGGGCAGCUCAACAAUUCAAACAUUGGGUUUACCAUCUUUGCUCCAGUAGAUAGUGCAUUUUCAAACCUCAAAGCAGGCACUAUAAACUCGCUGUCUGACCUACAAAAGACAGAAUUAAUACAAUUUCACAUCUUGAACACCGUGGUUGCUUUGUCAAACUUUCAGACCUUGAGCAAUCCAGUGCCGACAGAGGCUGGAGAUACUAGCGAUGGUGAAUUCCCGCUAAACGUGACCACUGCCGGCAAUCAAGUAAACAUCUCGACCGGCCUUGUGAAUACCACAUUGGGUGGUACGAUAUAUUUGGAUAACCAGCUCGCUAUAUAUCAAGUGGACAAAGUACUUCUUCCUCUAGACAUUUUUUCUCCUAAGCCAAAAGUAGCAGCAGCCCCAACACUCUCCAAGCCAGAUGCUACGACAACUGCUACCAACAGUCCCUCCGGUGAUGUUGCUGUUGCUGCCAAAGUGGACGCGUCUGGAGCAAUGCGCCUCGGUAUAAAUGGAAUGUUGUUAUCCAUUGGAGUUGCUGUGGCCACAUUCUUUGCGAGGAAAGGACCUUGAUGGCGUUGGAGUAUUAGAUUGAUUUUCUUUUGGGGGGGUCCAUUUUCUCUUCUUGCAUGAUUAUGCUAAGCUGG